AGUUUUAAACAACAUGUGUUUGAACCUGAUCCAGAAAGAGUGAAACAAAUAAUGGAUAAAUCUUUAAGUGAUGCUGAAUGGAUAUUUAAAAAGUAUAAUAUAGAUAUUCAAACUUUAUUGCCAAAUAAUAGUAAAUAAUAUUAUUAAAAAUAUUUAAAGUAGAAAAAUCUUUUCUAACAUGAAUUUCCACGAUUUAGCAACUGCUGGAAUAUCUAAUACGGAUAUUAAUAAAUUUUGGUAUGCAAUAAAUGUUUGGCUGAAUCACUCUCAAGUUAUCAACAAGAGAAUAUUAUCUUCAGAAAUUAUUUUCACAGCAAAAGUAAACUAUCUUGACAUUGAAUCAAUCGCUGAACGAAUUUCGAAUAUUAAAGAUGUUUCGAAAUUUUUUAAAGAUAAUGUUUUUUGUAUUUUCAAUAUAUUAGGUGAUUUGUCAUUGACUCUUUUAUCAAAAAAUACAGACUUUAUUCAACAUAAUGAUGUAAAAAUUAAUGAAACUGGCAAAUUUUUAAUAGUAAUAAAACUUUCUCCUAAAGAUAAUUCGAAUUUCAGUCCAACUAUGGAGUUUGUUUUAAUAGAUAAAGAAGCAACAAAUAUUAUUUGCCAAUCAAUGUGUCUUGAUAAUAAUAAACGAUGCUUGACUUUGCAGUGGCCUUACAAAAUUAGUUGCGAUAAAGAAAAAAUUAGUAUAGCAGUAGCAACUUCUGAAUCAGACUUUGAUCAUCCAAGUAUCCAUUGGUUAAAAACCAAACUUCUCUUAUCUUUAGAGAAAUGGAUGACAUCAGAAGUUCUAAAUAAUUCUUUUGUUCAGGGUUCUUUGAAUCUAAUUUCAAUACAUAAAUAUCACAGUUUGUACACAGAAUUAAAAUUAAAAUAUAGCCCUGAUUUAAUAAAGAACUGGACUGAAUGUACUGACCCUAAAAAAUUUGUGUUUGAAGACAUAGCAAUUGCAGCUUAUUUAUUAGUAUUAUGGGAGCAAGAAAGAAAUAAAGCAUGCCUUGAAAAAAAACAAUCCUUCUUAGAUCUUGGAUGUGGAAAUGGACUACUUGCAUACAUACUGACGAAUGAAGGACACAAUGGUCUAGGAAUUGAUUUACGACGAAGAAAAAUAUGGGAUUUAUUUUCACAAACUACUCAACUAGAAACUAGAACAAUAAUUCCAUCAUCAAAAUCGCUAUUUCCUGACAUAGAUUGGAUAAUUGGCAACCACUCAGACGAAUUAACACCAUGGAUACCAGUAAUUGCAGCUCGAAGUUCAUACAAUUGUAGGUUUUUCUUGCUUCCCUGCUGUGCUUAUGAAUUUGAUGGUAGAAAAUACCAACGAACUAUAGCGUCUAAUAGCCAGUAUUUAGAAUAUUUAAAAUACGUGCAAAGUAUCUGUGAAGUAUGUGGAUUUGUUACACAAGUUGACAAACUACGUAUUCCAUCUACAAAACGAAUAUGUUUAAUUGGAUCUGCAAGAACAUACAGUGAAGAAGAAACCGAUAUCAUAGACAAUGAAAUAGAAAAAAUUAUUUUAGACCGUUCGUUAAAUAUAAAAUCAGAUAAAAGUGAAAUAAUUGAUGAUCAAAAGUGGUCGCAGAAUUUCAAACCCAGAGAAGUGGUGGAAAAAGUAAGAAAUUGUACCAAAAUUGAUAAAGAAGUUGUCAAUAAGAUAGUUGAUUUAGUUGUAAAUCAUUUGUUAUGUAAAACUCGUAUAAUAGAAUUGGAAAAUUCUAACAUAAAAUGGAAUGCUGGUGGGAAGGUAAAAUUGAAGGAAAUAGUUAAAGUAAUACCUUCAAAUACUCUUCAACAAUUGAAAAAAGAAUGUGGAGGUUUACAAACAUUAUUGAGAAAUAAUAGCCACAUUUUUCAAGUAAUUGAUGGUACCGUUCAAUUUAGAAUACCUGGAUCUAAUAGUACAACUAUUAAAAAACGUCGUAAUAAAUCCAAUAUUCAAUUUCGAGUAAAACCAUGUUGGUUUUUUAUUAAUCACCCUAAUGGCUGUCCGUUAAGCAGUGAAAAAUGUACUUAUAAACAUUGAAUUCCUUUCAAUUUGAGUUCAAUUAAAAUAUGGUUUCAUACUUAGAUUAUAAAAAUACACAAAAAAUAUUUUUGUAUACUGGUUAAAAAAUUGAUUUUUUAUUCUAUUCAUAAAGUUAUAAUUCAUUUAUUGUUUGAAAAAUAAACAUAAUGAACACAGAAUUAAUUGCAGUAAUCAUGAGUUAUCCAUUUACAGCAAUUUGUAAUCAUUACAUGGUUUAUACAUGAAAAUUUGCUCCACAAAAAU